UAUUAUUAUUAAUAUUAUUAUUAUUAAUAUUUACAAUCUAGUAGUGUUAUUACUGAAAUAAUAUUAAAUGAAAAUCGAAGCAAAGCAUUUUAUAGUCGUCUAUUUGUACUCUUAAAAAAAAGAAUAAGAUGUCGAAUGUGCAUAGCAAUAACUAAGUAUUUAGUACAAUACAACGUCAUGCUCUAAUAUUCAAAAAAUAUAAACAGACAGCAUUUUUAUAAAUAAAAACCUUAUUUGAAUAUUCUUAAACCAUUAAACGCUUGGCACGAAAGCUAAUCUUAAGACAUUCCAAAUAAAUUUCUUGUAAAACAUUUCUCAUCUACGUUGGGGAUCUUCACCUAUUUAUAUAAAAUUUGUAAGAAUUUUCAAUUGUAAAGGAAGGUUUCUUUUUUUUCUAUACACAUUCUAAAUGUACUUAAAUAGGCCUAUAUUCCUUAUAACAUUAUGAAUAAGCGUGGUAUUUAUUCAUAUACAAGAAAAUUAAUGAACAACCCUAACGUGGAUUUAUAAACACUUUAUAUAAAUGAUUUCCUUGUGAAGGUAAUAAACAGGAGAUCAAUUUUAACAUUUUUUUUUUCUGCAUGAUUACUAACUGUAAAUAUGUAAAUUAACUAGCUAAAUUUUGGCUUGAAAUAUGAUGUAUGUAAAUUGGUAUUAUGUACCUUCAUGAGGUGAUUAUCAAGGAUUUAAUUUACAUAUGUAUUCUACGGUGCGCAUCGAGUUCAACGUUAUACGGUGCUAUAAUUUCGUUCUUUACAUAUCCAAGCGUGUAAAAAUAUGGUAGGAGAGAGAGAGAGAAAAGAAAAGUGCAUUUCUACUGUCUCUUGAAAGAAUAUUUAUAGCCCUUGAUGCUUGACGAUAUUUCCCGACGAAACAAUCAAAUUGAAUCAAAAGUACUUUUGAAUGUUCCAUUUUUUAUAAUGAAAUAAUGAUCUUUGUAGCAGUAUUAUUGAUUAAUUAAAAUAACGCAUACAAAAUACAACACAAGAUACGACCACAAAGACGCAUAGACAUUGUAUUUUAUUGAAAGCAUUAUUUGUUGGUGCGAGGAUAUAUGAGAAUCACUUGUACUUUGCUGAAAAAAAGUUAGACAUUGUUUAAAUAAAAAAAAUCAUAUCACACUUCUUGGAUACACGAUUAUUGUACCCAUUGUAAUUUAUAAUGUAACCAAUCGUUAGAUUUUAGCGUUCCUAUUAUUUAUUCGUUAAAUUAUCAUUAAUUAUUGCUUCUGUUUCUUUGUCAUACACAGUGAACGGUGGAUUGAAAUCUUGAGCGUUUUGAAAAUCCCGCGCGCUGUCAUGUGAUCGCUACUCCAUCAAACACCUGUUUUCAUUCUAAACGGCAACAGCGCAAAUAAAUAUUGCACCUGCGCCAAAUUUCUCGACGAACAUCAGCGUUGUCUCGGCUGCGAUGCGCUUUGUGUGUAAGAAGAAUGUUGGGUUACGAUAAACGAAGCCAUGAUGCUGAAAAUCUUUUCUCAGGUUCCUCCGAUGAGGACACCAACUACGUUGGUAAGAAAGGUUCGGGCAGUUCGACGAACGAAUUCGAUGAAUCGAUUCAAGCCAUGUGCGAUAUUUACGGACAGACACCGCCGAGAACUCGUCUGAAUCGCAAGAAGAGGUAUAUGAAACAGAAACUUAAUGGAGGAGAUACGAAAUCGUUAGACAAGGAGACACCGUCGAAACUGCUGGUUCGCAGACGAAACACUCUGGACAGUAUAAUAUUCAACGAGAUGUGCGAUAAGGCCGAUAGAGAUUGCGAGAACGAGGCGAAUCAGGAUAUGGUGAAAGAGGGAAGCCGGAAGUGUAAAAGAAUUUUCAAAGUAUUGCGCGGCAGCGAGAGAGAUUUGAAGCUCGACAUGAAGGCGGCGUACGAUUAUGCUGAGAAAUUUGAUCACGGACAAGUGUCGACGCCUAAUCACAUCAAAGUAGAAACUAAAAACAGAUUCCGUUGUCUUCGAUCGAAGCCCGUCGGCGUAGAGGAGAGAAGGGUUGAAACCGACGAACCAAAUCUGGUCAUUGAUAACAAUGAAUCAGCGGCACAGUCUCCUAAAACGUUGAGCCUUAAAGAGCGAGAAAUAUUUCACGAUACUUUUUCUUUUCUCAUUAGACUGGGAAGUACGGAACGAAACUGCAGGCGUCAAAUAAGCCACGAGGAGACCAGCUGGCAAAACGAGCUGAAGGACCUAAUAUGGUUAGAACUGCAGGCCCAUCACGCUGAUCGCAAUCCAAUGGCUCAGGACGAGUACUUGUGCAAACAGCGGGAGGCACUGGAAGGUUUGCUUAAAGAAAUAAUGGAGUACAGAUACGAUCCUAUUGCCAGUGUAAAGAACGGUAAUACACCCUGGAUCAAUAUAAGCGGUAAAUGCGUGGACCGAGUUGCGAAUUCUGGAUCAAGCCCGAACAUAGAGCUGGGUAUCUGUCCGGGGUGUCUUUCUAUGUACUGUAGAGCGUGUGCGAGAGCCCAGGGUGAGGCGUUGCAGCAAGUAGAAGGUUUAUUAGCAAGAUUGGAAGUGGCAGAGUCUCUAUAUCCGUCGUCGCAGGCUUUGGCCGCGCAAUAUCCGUUAUACAAAAGCACAGAAUUUACCGGCAGAGUGAAGGCCAUGUGUCUCUGGUACAAUAUGACCAAACAUCAUCGAUUGAAAUUGCAAAUAUUGGGAAAAUUACUGAUGAUGUUGCACACUAAGAAGAAGCACGACGAUAACGGUGACUCUGGGAUAAGCUCGAGAUCCUCGGAUACCGUCGAUUCCUUGGAGCACAGGCGUACUUUGGUACGGUUCGAGGUGUCAAAUCCGCAGGAGGAAAGCACCAGUCCCUCCGAUAGCAACAAUAGCAACAAUUCUUCCGUCGGUUUGUCUUUCGCCCAGUCGUGGCCUUCCACCCCUGAGACUUCUCUGACCUGUCUGGACGACGAUAAAACAGAGCGGCUUGAUUUCUAUUUAGUCGAGUUCGACCGGCAGGCUUAUAGAAAGUAUAUCGAGGAUGUGCUGAAGACCAGAGGGCUGAGGAAGAGUUUAAAUUUCCUCGAGAGGCUGCACACCUCUGUUCUAAGGAAAGCAAGACUGACGCUGGAGAAAAGCGACGUGAGCGAAGGUGGUAACGCUACGAGCGAAGAGUACGAAGGGGACGAAGAGCUACGUCGAUACGGUGUGUGGAGCACCGAGGCCAGAGAAUUGAAUCUUCCAUCCUAUAGAGCAGCUUUCGUGUUUUUGUCCCGGGUUCCAUUGGACGUCGUCCACGAAUUUCUGCGAAUGAGACUGGAACAAAAACCGGAUCAGCCUAGCCCCUUAUCCGUCAGGCAACUGAUGCGCGAACUCAGGGAGGGUCUUCGAAUAGCUUGCAUUCAUCGCGACAGAUUUUCCGCCCACUCUUGCGCGGCUGUUGCCAGCGACAACGAAAGCUGCGAUCAAUUGUUGUUCCAAGAGGACGUGAAAGACUUCGACGAAAGCUUGAAAGCUGUCUUCGAGGUGUACCUCGACUACUUGCAGCAGUGGGUGGACAUGGUCCAACACGAUAGUUUCCAUAAAAAUUUAAUCAUGGACGAGUGGAUAUUUGUAAAAUCGAUAGCUGGAAAUAUAUUGAACGGUUACAAGAUAGCUGGAGUUAAAUUUUGUGAAAUCGCCAAAACGAUGAUCAAGCAGGUGAAAGAGUUCCUUAACGAGAGACCAAGAGAGAUCAAGGAGACUACUGAAGACUGGAGCGAUGAUGACGACUGGUCAUGCAAAUUUCAUUUUAUGUUCGUGGGUCGAGAAUGGCAAGGGAUGUUUGUGGAGUCUCGAGAGAAGCUCGUUAAGAGUGUCACUCUGGCCAGGUGUUUGAAACGUGAUAUUGAAAAAUGGGCUUUCUUUAACAAGGACUUGGAAGAAUCAUUAACAAUCUUGAAGGAAACUGUGAUGUCUUUGAGACACCAGAUAACAGCGGUAAUCACCAAUUUCCAACGGGACCUUGAAAAAGCUGAAGAACCAAAUUCCGAGGGCGACAGAUUCGCUUUUCGUUCCAGAGCCAGAGAAAUACUUCAUCAGGCGUAUCGGAUGGGUUUCGAUUACUACAAGGAGACCUGUAAAUUAUUUGCUCUUGAGGAGAAAGCUGUCUUAGCACGGGGCUUGGUAUCUUUCGCUUUCCUCUGGAUGGAAUUCGUACGGACACGGUGCGAGCGGGGUCGGGGCUUGAGGCCCAGAUGGGCGAACCAAGGUUUAGAGUUCUUGAUCACGGUGUGCGAACCGCAUAAUACUAAACAUCUGAGCGACCAGGAAUUCGAGGAGUUGAAAACCUGUAUGGAUCGUUGCAUUUCGCACGUCGUUGGAAGCGCGAACAUAGCGUCAAACGUGGAAACAGAGAGUAUAAGAAGAUUGUCAUCUCAUUCGAGAGCUUCUUCGCCUUGUCACGCUAGAAGCAGAACCGCGAGUAUAUCCCAGAAGCCUAGAGACGCUUUUAAAUCCCCCGAUGUCCCGUCGAAUCCUAAGAAAUCCUCUUCGCCGAGCAUAGUCGAUGGAAAUAUAAUGUUGAACACGUUCGAUCGUAGUAUAUCCCGUCAGGAGAGAAUUGUUCGGGCUAUAAGAAAGGUAGAAUGUGAUAUUGACGAGAGGCUAAAGAGUCGUGAACUUAUCGGUCAAGUUACAGAUAGAAAGGCUGUAGAUAGGGUGCAUAUUAAAGCGAGAAGAGUCACGUUUACCUGGCAAAGGGGUAUUAAAAUAGGUCAAGGAAGAUUCGGCAAAGUGUAUACCGUGGUGAACAAUCAAACCGGCGAGUUGUUAGCCAUGAAAGAGGUACAGCUGCAACCUGGAGAUCACAGGGCGAUCAGAAGAGUAGCUGAGGAGUUGCAGAUAUUCGAAGGGAUUCAACACAAACACUUAGUCAGAUAUUAUGGCCUAGAAAUCCAUCGAGAAGAGAUGUUAAUAUUCAUGGAAUUUUGUGCUGAAGGAACCUUGGAAAGUUUGGUAGCUGGCAGUGGGAAUGGGCUACCGGAAUCAUUAGUCAGGAAAUAUACUCAUCAACUACUCUUGGCAGUUACAGUGCUACAUUGUCAUGGAAUAGUACACCGCGACAUUAAAUCUGCAAAUAUUUUUUUAACCGACGAGGGUAAUUGCCUGAAACUUGGAGACUUUGGAAGCGCGGUGCAAAUUAAAGCUCACACCACGAUGCCUGGUGAAUUGCAAGGAUUCGUUGGCACUCAAGCUUACAUGGCACCGGAAGUGUUCAUGAAGUCAGAGAGCAGUGGUCAUGGAAGAGCAGCUGAUAUUUGGUCGGUUGGUUGUUGCGUGAUAGAAAUGGCCAGUGGACGAAGGCCUUGGUCAGACUAUGAUUCAAAUUAUCAGAUUAUGUUUAAGGUAGGGAUGGGUGAGACUCCAGCGUUGCCAAAAAGUUUAUCAGCUGAGGGGAUUGAUUUAAUUAAAAAGUGUUUGCAACACGACCCAAAGAGAAGAUUAACUGCUAAUUCCUUACUAACACUUCCAUUCGCGCAAGCGUACGAGGAUGUAAAUGCUGACUUAGUAGUAGCUCGUCAUCCGACAUGAUUGUAAAUGUAAAAUUCUCGAUUCUUUCGAUCAGGAAACAUCGGAAAUCUUGUAACAAUGUUAUUACCUGUAUCAGGUUAAAUAUACUAGCAAUCGUUACUUAAAAGCUAUUUUUAUAUCGCUUAAUUUUCUCAAUUAUCGUAAAAGGUGUAUUUUUUUAUUUAUAUAACUGUGCAGUUCCUAGAAGCGUAUAAAAGUCAAGUAAUUUGCAGUAUUAAAAUGCAAAAAAAAAGAGAAGAUUUUACUUAGUGCUUGAAUUAAGGUUUUUACAUGUAAUCAUACAUAUUAUAACAUUCCAUUCUCUAUAAUAUACUUUAAAUUAUUUUCUAAAGUUAAUUGGAGAUUUGUACUAGAUUGUAACGAGAAUAAAAAGGAACAGCUAGUGUCA